AUGAUAAGUUCAAUGGAAACCGCCCUCGGUGACCCACAUGUGAGAGCGGCGCGCGGGCCGAUGAGCGGAGCGAUAAGCGGCGCGGGGCUGGUGCCACGCUGGGUGAUUUACCGGACGCGGCGGCGCAUCCGAGAUGCUGUUGGACCGCAUCUGAUUAGACGCUACUUCAUCGGCCAAGCGCUCUGUGGCCUUUCGCGUAUCACAUAUUUCGUCCCCCCUUGGAACGAUCUCGGUGCUAACGCUCCGUUCCAG